GUUGCUCAUUCAAAUGUGACUUUUCCAUCUAUUCUAACUAAAAGUGAAGAACCCGAACCCGAACCUGAACCUGGUGCUCUUUCCAAAUACCGAAAACACCUUCCCAAUCCUUUAUUUUAUUCCCCUUGCCCAUUUCUCGAUUCCUUGGUACAUUCCCUCUCUCAAAUUUUCGUCUUUAUAUAUUCAUCACCACCUUCACUUCGAUCUCCAAUUCUAAACCCAUCUCUUCCAAAAACCUGAUUCCCCCCCCCCCCAACUAUAACAAUGACGGCUGGUGAAAAUUCUCUUCAGAGCAAUAAAUCUAUUCCUGAUCUUGCUCCUUUGGAAGCAGUAUUAUUUGAUGUUGAUGGAACUUUAUGUGACUCGGAUCCUAUCCACCACCAAGCCUUUCAAGAAAUGCUCCUAGAGAUUGGUUUCAACAAUGGAGUUCCAAUUGAUGAAGAAUUCUUUAUCAAAAACAUUGCUGGGAGGCACAAUGAUGAUAUUGCUGCUACUCUCUUCCCUGAUGAUUUACCGAGGGGCGAAAAGUUCUGUGAAGAUAAGGAAGCCAUGUUUCGGAGGUUGGCCUCAGACAAGUUGCCACCUAUAAACGGAUUAUAUAAACUAACGAAAUGGAUUGAAGAUCAUGGGUUGAAGAAAGCUGCUGUUACUAAUGCUCCAAGACCUAAUGCUGAACUCAUGAUCUCAAAACUUGGGCUCAAGGAUUUCUUUGAUGUUGUUAUUGUAGGAAGCGAGUGCGAGCAUGCCAAACCAUACCCAGACCCUUACUUGAAGGCACUUGAACUACUCAAGGUGUCAAAGGAUCACACAUUUAUAUGUGAGGACUCUGCAUCAGGGAUAAGAGCAGGAGUUGCAGCUGGAAUGCCUGUUGUGGGGUUGACAACCAGAAAUCCUGAAAAUGUACUUAUGGAAGCCAAUCCUACUAUGCUUGUAAAGGAUUAUGAGGAUCCGAAGUUAUGGUCGGCCUUAGAGGAGCUUGAUAAGAAAGGAGAUUCUUUGAAAACAGCAGCUUGAGCGUGAAUUCGGAAGCAAUUUAGGAGCAAGAACUUUAUUUGGUUAAUAAUUUUGCCCCACAUGUACCCAAAUUAGAUUUGAUGAACUAUAUACAUCGAUUACUUCCGUUGCCUAUGUUCA